CAAUUGUCAUUCGGACAUAAUGGAUAUUCAUGUAAUAUUUAUCAUAUUCAGCGUUGUACUGAACACAGUUAGUAGCGGGAAACACGACAAAUACGCAGGGUACACAGUCCAUGGCGUACACCUUCGAGACGUGCAAGACCAGAGGGUGCUAUACGAGCUCCAGCACAAACUGAACUUGGAUAUGUGGCGAUAUGGUGUUCCGGGAGAUAGACCGUCGUUGGUCAUGCUUUCGCCAAAACAAGCUGAUGUAGUUCUUAAUGAGCUGGACAGAUAUGGCAUUAAGCAUUAUUUGGAUGUUGCUGAUGUGUUUUGGAAUCUUGCGGAAUUUGAUCAAAAUCUUAUAAGCUAUCGUCGUAGUAGGAGUGAACGACUUGUACCUUUCGAAGACUACCCGACUCAUGCCGAGGUGAACGCAUAUUUGGAAAGAGUAGCAGCACAGUACCCCGAGAUUGUUACAUUAGUAACAGCUGGCAAAAGCUGGGAAAGUCGGGACAUCAAAUACUUGAAGAUAUCAACAACAAACUUCACGGACUCAUCCAAGCCGAUAUAUUUUAUGAUGGCUAUGCUCCACGCUCGUGAAUGGGUAACCACUCCAGUUACUCUUUACUCCAUACAUCGACUGGUUGAGAACCUCAGAAAUGAAGACAGGGAUCUCCUUGAGGGAACCGAUUGGAUUAUUUUGCCAAUGGCAAAUCCUGAUGGAUAUGAAUAUUCUAUCUCUGAUGAUCGAAUGUGGCGUCGCACGCGCUCUAACCGUCCCGAAAUCAGCACCACCUGCGUAGGAGUCGACGGAAACCGCAACUUUGAUGCUUUAUAUCAACCUUCUAAUAACCCCUGUAGCCUAACCUUCCCCGGCCCUCACGCGUUCUCUGAAAUAGAAACUCGCAUAGUCAGAGACAUACUUCAUAAAUAUGUUGACAGGAUCCAAGUCCAUUUAGAUAUCCACAGUCAUGGGAACUAUGUUCUCUUUCCUUGGGGAGAUGGAACACUGACACCAAAUGCGGCACAAUUAUUUCAUGUUGGAUCUGUCAUGGGAGCCGCUAUGGAUUCCAUGAAACUGCCAAGCGCAGGGUUCUAUAGAGUUGGAAAUAGUGCACUUAUCUUGUAAUACGCUUCAGGAGCGUGCGAUGAUUACGCGCAGCUGGUAGGAGUUCCGUUCGCAUUCACUCUGGAGCUGCCCGGGUACGGCAGCGCCUUCCUCGUACCGCCUCAGUUCAUCGAGCACAUCAACGCUGAGACUUGGCAAGGCAUCGCAGCCAGUGCCAGAGUUGCUAAGAUACAUUACAAUGAAAGAAUUAAGGGAUAGAUAAUGUCUGUAUGAUUAUAAAACUAUGAUUUUUUUUAAUUUAUUGAUUUCUUACUGUUUAUUACAUACAAUAAAUUAAAU